CUGCUCGCGCACGGCUCAAGCGUUUGUACUUGUGUACUGGAACGCGUGCAGUAGGUGUCGAGUUCUUCCCCAAGAUGAAUGUUUUCCCUAGAAGAGUUCUUGUUGUGCUAGUGCUAGUGUGUACCGGCGGGUGUCUCACCGCUCCCUUGCCCGACCCGCUCGACUAUCUGCCAACGCUGGAGUACCUUCGGAAUGUACUUCGUGUUAGUGCACACUCGCUGUCAGAAGUGACACUGGAAACGCAGCUACCACUUACCUACAAUGUCUCCGAAGCGCUACACAGUGUCCGUGGCUCUCUUAACGUUGCCCAAAAUGCAACGAAGACGAUCACGGAACUGUUCCAAGCUAAUGAUACCUUUCAAAUGCAACAGCUAGCCGAGGCGCUCGACGAGAUCCAGCAGAGUUUGUGUGACUCUGAGUUCCGCUUUCCUGAAUACUUUGGGAAAGAGAGCGCUACGCCCGAUAUGAAGCAGCUGAAGCACACCAUGAGCGAGCACUUGAAGAAGGUGCAGUUCGAAAAAGACACUCUGGAGUUUGAUGAUCUUCGGGCAAUUAAUAACUUUCUGUCAGGCGCCACCAGCCAGGCAAUGGUCGCGACAGUGGCAGUGCACAUAGUUUCGAGCGUCGAAAAGCUAGAAUACUAUCUGAGAGCCAUUUUCUUUCCACCGGACAUGGAGGCGACGGCACUGAAAGAGCUUCAGGCUAUUGGCCAGCUCAUAAGAUCCUACAAUCAACUGUACGGUGCUGCCUUGCGAACGGCAUCAACGCGGUUUCAAGACGAAGCAUCACAGGGACGUCAGCUGUUUCGAACCAUGGUUGGCACCGGAGCACCAGAGCAUCUUCCUGAGAGUGUAAAAAAUGCACCCGAAGAGUUCUACGACCAGGUAGACAACUUUAUCCGCACCACACUCGACGAUCUACAGUCGACGACGCGCAAAGGAAACGAUCGCUUCGGAGAAGUCGUACAAAACAUCCUGUACACGUCGUACGGGCUGCACUCGUCGGGCAUGGAAAUGUUGCGCCCCUACGUGCGGCACUACGAAUGUGUGUUGAAUCUGGUCCCCCGUACGCAAACAGUUGCUGGAGCUAGUUUAGGUUCGGUGGCGCUCUGCUCGAACGAAGCUACUGCGCCGCUGUACGACUCGACCAUGGUUUAUCGUCAGAAAAUUGGACAUCUUCAGCGUGAAAUCUUUGAGGGACUGCAAACAGCGAUCGCUUGUACUGAUGGCGAUUGCUCUUUGGUCUAUAGCGAGACGGUGGAUCUCAUAAAAGCAAGCACAGAUGCGGUGAAAGCUUUCACGGUUGAUUUAGCGUCGUACCGAGAGCAGCUGCUCAGCUGCAUUUCUUCUAAAUACGAGGUUGAGAUGGUACAAGUGUUGGAUAUGUCUGCCAACUUUGACAAGUGUGUUAAAAUGUCUUAUUAAUACAUCUAAGUGUUAUAACCUAACGCUAAUGUACUACAAAAAAAAAUAAAUUAAUACAACUGAAUGACUCUAACGA